GCAGGGGGUGCGGCCCGCCCCCGGGCCGCGGGGAGUGAAGGCCCGGGGGAGGCGUGGCCGGGGCCCGGAGGAAGGUGGGGUGCCCCGGGCCGGCGCCCCCCACCCCGGAGGCCAGGGCGGAGGGGAUGCCCAACCCGGAGAGACGUGGGGGCAAGAAGGAUGGGGGCGCGGGGGCCCCGCCGGCGUCGUCGGAGGGCAGCGGCUCCAACAGCAGAGAGCGGCACCGGCCUCCCGCCAAGCACAAGAGGCACAGGUCGAAGCACUCGAGGGACCAGGCCGCCCCCGAGGCCACCCCCCUGAGCGCCAUGGUCAAGCCCCUGGUGGAGUACGACGACAUCAGCUCCGACUCCGACACCUUCUCCGACGACGCCGUCGCCGCCAGGCCCGAGCGGCGGGAGGACGCCGCCGUCGCCGCCGACCGCCGCGGGGGCCCCGACCGGGCCGACCGGCCCCACCGCCACCGCCACCACCAGCACAAGAGGGGCCGGGACCCGCCCAGGACCAGGCAGGCGGAGAAGGAGAAGCGGGCGGAGAAGAACCGGGAGGCCGCGGCCCGGGCGGCGGCCAAGGAGCGGCCGGCGGGCGGCUCCAGGCGGUCCAACGAGGAGAACGACGAGCACGGCAAGGGCCCGCCGGCCAAGGGCGGCGGGGCCAAGGAGGCCAGGGCGGCCAGACUCCACAAGGAGAAGGCCCGCAAGGAGCGGGAGGUCAAGGCCGGGCACAGGGACCGCGGCGGCAAGGGGCACCGCAAGAGGGAGGCCCCCAAGAGCUACAAGGCGGCGGCGGGCGACAGCCCCCGCCGGAAGUCGCGGAGCCCCCACCGGAGGUGGUCGGCCAGCCCCAAGCCGGACGACAGCCCCUCGGGGGCCUCCUACGGCCAGGACUACGACCUCAGCCCGCCGCGUUCUCACACCUCCAGCAACUACGACUCCUACAAGAAGAGCCCCGGGGGCUCCUCGCGGAGGCAGUCCCUGAGCCCGCCCUACAAGGAGCCCGCGGCCUACCAGUCCAACGCCCGCUCGCCCAGCCCCUACGGCCGGCGGCAGAGGUCGGUGAGCCCCUACAACCGCCGGCGCUCGUCCAGCUACGAGAGGGGCAGCGGCUCCUACGGCGGGAGGUCGCCCAGCCCCUACGGCCGCCGGCGGUCCAGCAGUCCUUUCGCCAACAAGCGGUCCUUGAGCCGGAGUCCCCUUCCCAGGAAAUCGGCCAAGUCCCGAAGCAGGAGCCCCGUGUAUUCCCGGCACUCGUCGUCCCACGGCAAGAAGAAGAGGUCGGGCUCGCGCAGUCGGCAUUCCAGCAUCUCCCCCGCCAGGCUGCCGCUCAACUCCAGCCUGGGAGCCGAGCUCAGCCGGAAGAAGAAGGAGCGGGCCGCGGCGGCCGCGGCGGCCAAGGUGGACGGGAAGGAGGCCAAGGGCUCGCCCGUGUGCCCGCCGAGAAAGGACAACAGCUCGGCCGAGGCCCGGGACGCCGGACCGGAGUCGAAGAAGCCGCCCGGCGGCGGCAGGCCCGAGAGGCCCCCGCCCGACCCGGACCCGGGGACCCUGCCCCCGCCCGACGCGGAGGCCAAGGCCGCGGGGGAGCCGGGAAAGGCCAGGGCGGACGAGCCCCCCGAGAAGAAGCACCUCGCUCCUUCCAAAGACCCCAAGGCCCCGGGAACAAAAGACUCUAAGCCCGCAGCGGCAAAGGAGGAGGUCGUGACGCCGAAGGAGGCGGAGACGACGGAGAAGGAGAGCCCCCUCCCGGCCCCCUCCAUCACCUCUCCACCCCCGCCCCUGCCGGUCGCCGCCCCGCCCUCUCAGACGCCCCCCUUGCCGCCUCUGCCCCCGUUGCCCGCGGGGCCGCACCAGCCGCCCCUGCCCCCUUCCCAGCCCGCCCCGAGCCAGGUCCCCGUUUCCGCCUCCUCGGCGUUGCCCGCUCCUCCUCUUAGUCACCCGAGGACGUCCGUCCUAUCCUCUCAGGCAAACUCUCAGCUCCCCGCACAGGUCUCUCUCAAGACGCAGGUGUCCGUGCCGCCGGCCGCCAUCCCCCACCUGAAGACUUCGACGCUUCCUCCGCUGCCGCUCCCCCCGUUGCUGCUUGGGGAGGAUGACAUGGACAGUCCGAAGGAGAGUCUUCCUCCCAAACCCGUGAAGAAGGAGAAGGAGCCGAGGACCCGGCAUCUGCUCAUGGACCUGCCCCUCCCCCCCGAGCUCCCCGGCGGGGACCCGUCUCCCCCAGACUCUCCGGAACCAAAGGCCGUCACGCCACCUCAGCAACCGUACAAGAAGAGACCAAAAAUCUGCUGUCCUCGUUACGGAGAGAGGAGACAGACGGAAAGCGACUGGGGGAAGCGCUGCGUGGACAAGUUUGACAUCAUCGGGAUUAUCGGCGAGGGGACCUACGGGCAGGUGUACAAAGCCAAGGACAAAGACACCGGGGAGUUGGUGGCUCUGAAGAAAGUGCGUCUGGACAAUGAGAAAGAGGGCUUCCCGAUCACGGCCAUUCGCGAGAUCAAAAUCCUCCGGCAGUUGAUCCAUCGCAGCGUCGUCAACAUGAAGGAGAUUGUCACAGACAAACAAGACGCGCUGGACUUUAAGAAAGACAAAGGUGCCUUUUACCUUGUAUUUGAAUACAUGGACCACGACCUGAUGGGGCUGCUCGAGUCCGGGCUGGUGCAUUUUUCCGAGGACCAUAUCAAGUCUUUCAUGAAACAGCUGAUGGAAGGAUUGGAUUAUUGCCACAAAAAGAACUUCCUGCAUCGGGACAUCAAGUGCUCCAACAUUCUGCUCAACAACAGCGGGCAGAUCAAACUGGCGGAUUUCGGACUCGCCCGGCUCUAUAGCUCCGAAGAGAGCCGACCGUACACCAAUAAGGUCAUUACGCUAUGGUACCGACCUCCAGAACUGCUGCUGGGAGAGGAGCGUUACACGCCAGCCAUAGAUGUCUGGAGCUGUGGCUGCAUUCUCGGGGAACUGUUUACAAAGAAGCCCAUUUUCCAAGCCAAUCUGGAACUGGCACAGCUAGAACUCAUCAGCCGGCUGUGCGGCAGCCCCUGCCCGGCCGUGUGGCCCGACGUCAUCAAGCUGCCCUACUUCAACACCAUGAAACCCAAGAAGCAGUACCGGCGACGGCUGCGGGAGGAGUUCUCUUUCAUUCCCUCGGCCGCCCUCGACCUGCUGGACCGCAUGCUGACGCUGGAUCCCAACAAGCGGUGCACGGCCGAGCAGGCCCUGCAGAGCGACUUCCUCAGAGACGUCGAGCUCAGCAAAAUGGCUCCCCCGGACCUCCCCCACUGGCAGGACUGUCACGAGCUGUGGAGCAAGAAGCGACGGCGGCAACAGCGGCAGAGCAGCAGCGCGGCGGAAGAGCCGCCGCUGUCCAAGGCCUCGCGCAAAGAAACUACCUCGGGGGCCAGUCUGGAGCCUGUGAAGAACAGCAGCCCGGCCCCGCCUCAGCCCCCGCCCGUCAAGGAUGAGCCCGGGGCGGGGGACGCCACAGGCCUCGGGGACAUCACGCAGCAGCUGAACCAGAGCGAGCUGGCCGUGUUGCUGAACCUGCUGCAGAGCCAGACGGACCUGAGCGUCCCCCAGAUGGCACAGCUGCUCAACGUCCACUCCAACCCGGAGAUGCAGCAGCAGCUGGAGGCCCUCAACCAGUCCAUCAACGCCCUGACGGAGGCCACCUCCCAGCAGCGGGACUCGGAGCGCCUCGCCCUGGAGGAGGCCGCCAAGGAGGCCCCCCGGGCCGCCACGGUGGCGCCGCCCGAGCAGACGGUCCCCGACGCCCCGGGCACGGCGGGCGACGUCCAGAACGUCCUGGCGGUCCUGUUGAGCCAGCUGAUGAAGUCCCAGGAGCCGGCGGGAGGCCUGGAGGAGAGCAACGGGGAGAAGAGUGGGCCGCAGGGGUCUCGGAGAAGUCCCGCGGUGCCGCAGGAGGAGGCCGCAGCCUGUCCUCCCCACGUCCUUCCGCCGGAGAAGAGACCCCCCGAACCUCCGGGACCCCCGCCGGCGCCGCCGCCGCCCGCUCCGGUCGAGAGCGAUCUCCCCGGGGCCGCCCCGGACCUGAACCCGGCCGUGACGGCGGCCCUGCUGCAGCUUUUGACCCAGCCCGAAGCCGAGCCCCCCGGCCACCUUCCCAACGAGCACCAGGCCCCGCGGCCCGUGGAGUACGCCCGCCCGCUCCCGGCCAGGACUUACGGCGCCGACGGGCCCGAGGCGGGCUUCGGCUCCGCCGACACCGACGACCGCGGCCCCGGCCCGGCCUUGACGGAACCUCUGGCCCAGACCCUGGCCAAGGGCAGGACCUUCUCGGGCCCCGCGGGCCACCUCGGGGAGGCGAGCGGCUACCAGGGCACGGGCUCCGUGCAGUUCCCCGGGGACCAGGACCUGCGCUUCGCCCGGGUGCCCCUGGCGCUGCACUCGGCCGUCGGGCAGCCCUUCCCGAAGGCCGAGGGGGGCAACAACGCCGCGGUGCCCGCCGAGGCCAAGAUCCAGAACUACGGGGAGCUGGGGUCGGGAGCCGCCGGUCCCGGCGGCUCAGGCGCGGGGCUCGGCUGGGGGGCCCCCGCGCAGUCCCCCGCUUACGGGAAGCUCUACAGGGGCCCGGGGAGAGUGCCCCCCCGAGGGGGCCGGGGGAGAGGGGUUCCUUAUUAACCCAAAGACUCCACUCUCCCCGAGGCCUCCCCGCAACGCUCUGGCCCUCUGCCCCUCAGCCCCGAGUCCUUCGGCGGUAUCGUCUGCCCGGGUGAGGUGGUGACACUUGGCCACCGCUGGGUUCCGAGUCAGGUCCCCCCGCUUGCUUGCUCGCCUAAGAGAUGACCCCGGCCCUCCUCCCUCCCCGUCGGGCCGGGGGGGGAGCGGCCGUCUCGGGCCCGGGCACCGGCCGGGGGGGCGGGGCGGCGGGUCACGGAAUCGUUCUCGCAGCUCAGAGCCCUCGGUUAGCGAGGGGGGGGG